AUGAAGUUCUUCCCAGUAGUUAUUCAUUUCUUCAUCAUCCUAACCAUUAUUUUGCCUUUUGCUAUUGCUGACCUGAAGUCAGAUAAGCAAGCUCUUCUAGACUUUGCUGAUGCCGUACCCCAUUUAAGGAAGCUCAACUGGAACCCUGCUUCAUUUGUCUGCAAGUCUUGGGUGGGUGUCACUUGUAAUUCAAAUGGCACUCGUGUUGUUGAACUCAGACUCCCUGGAGUGGGACUUGUGGGUAAUAUCCCACCAAAAACCAUAGGUAAACUUGAUGCCCUCAGGGUUCUCAGCCUCCGAUCCAAUGUCCUCGAAGGUGGUCUUCCUUCUGAUAUUACCUCUCUUCCAUCACUCCAGAACCUCUUCCUCCAACAUAAUAACUUUUCUGGUGGCAUUCCAACCUCCUUAUCCUUGCAGCUCAAUGUACUGGAUCUCUCAUACAAUUCUUUCACAGGCAACAUACCUCAAACGAUAGCAAAUUUAACACAACUUACUGGAUUAAGCCUCCAAAAUAACACACUUUCUGGACCCAUACCUGAUCUCAACCACACUAGGAUCAAGCAUUUGAAUUUAAGCUACAACCAUCUUAAUGGCUCGAUUCCAGUAUCUCUUCAAAAGUUCCCUAAUUCAUCCUUCGCUGGAAACUCUCUCUUAUGUGGACCACCUCUUAAUCCUUGCUCCACAGGCCUUCCUCCACCUUCUUCAUCUCCUGCUUACAUUCCCCCACCAGCAACUCCACAUAAACGAAGCUCAAAAGUGAAACUGACAAUGGGAGCGAUCAUUGCCAUUGCGGUGGGAGGGUCUGCUGUUCUGUUUCUUGUUGUUUUAAUCAUCUUGUGCUGCUGUUUGAAGAAAAAAGAUGACGGAGGCACUAGCGUGUUGAAAGGGAAAGCAGUUAGCAGUGGGAGGGGUGAGAAGCCCAAAGAGGAGUUUGGAAGUGGGGUGCAAGAACCUGAAAAAAACAAGCUGGUAUUUUUUGAAGGCUGCUUGUACAAUUUCGAUCUCGAGGAUUUAUUAAGAGCUUCAGCUGAAGUUCUAGGAAAGGGUAGUUAUGGCACAGCAUAUAAGGCUGUCUUGGAGGAAUCAACCACAGUGGUGGUCAAAAGGUUGAAAGAAGUGGUGGUGGGAAAGAGAGAGUUCGAGCAGCAGAUGGAGAUUGUGGGGAGAGUUGGCCAGCACCCAAAUAUUGUGCCACUUCGUGCUUAUUAUUACUCGAAGGAUGAGAAGCUUCUAGUCUAUGACUAUUUUCCUGCUGGCAGCUUAUCCACGCUUUUGCAUGCAAACAGGGGAGCUGGCAGAACUCCACUAGAUUGGGAUUCUAGGAUUAAGAUUGCCCUUAGCACUGCACGGGGAAUUUCCCACCUUCAUUCUUCUGGCGGUCCAAAGUUCACUCAUGGAAAUAUCAAAUCAUCGAAUGUCCUCCUCAGCCAGGAUCGUGACGGUUGCAUCUCUGAUUUUGGUCUGACCCCUCUCAUGAACGUCCCUGCUACUUCAUCUCGGACUGCAGGUUAUCGUGCUCCUGAGGUGAUUGAAACCCGUAAGCACACUCAUAAAUCAGACGUCUACAGCUUUGGUGUUGUACUCCUCGAGAUGCUUACUGGGAAAGCUCCAAUCCAAUCACCAGGGCGUGAUGACAUGGUUGAUCUCCCUAGGUGGGUCCAAUCAGUUGUGAGGGAGGAGUGGACAGCUGAGGUUUUCGAUGUUGAACUGAUGAGAUACCAAAACAUUGAAGAAGAAAUGGUGCAGAUGUUGCAAAUUGGAAUGACAUGUGUGGCAAAGGUACCAGAUAUGCGACCUAACAUGGAAGAAGUUGUUCGAAUGAUUGAAGAAAUCCGGCAAUCUGACUCAGAGAACCGGCCAUCUUCCGAAGAGAAUAAAUCCAAGGACUCAAAUGUGCAGACUCCGUGA